CCUGUUGAUGGUGAAAUGCAGAAAAUUCUAACAACGCAGUUGUUUCUUGGUUACGAUAUUAUAAUUUUUGAUUACGGUUUAAUGCACCGAAUUUUGGGCACCAAUGAAUGUGUGGCCAACUAUUUGGAUGGCGGUUUCAUGCGUUCCAUGUGGUGUAUCAAUCAUACAUUCGCCUUAAUCAUUCUACCGGUUGCUUUGUACUGUAUUCGACGACCUCUAUGGUUACUCUGGCCAUCUCUUCUAAUGCAGUCUGCUUAUGCCCUUGGACUUGGCGUUUUGACGAUGGCAAUCGCACCAAAACUAUUAGAAGCAUUUGGUGGUAAAGUUGAUGGCAGAUUGAUGGGGCAAUUUUCCAUCUAUACUGCCGGGUUUUGUCUAAAUUGGUUAUUUACCUUAGUUUUAUGGCACUACUACUGGUAUAUGGAAAAGCUGAUAGCAAAUAUACCGCACGAUGUUGACUAA